UUGUGAUUAGCCCGAAAGUGGUCUCGCCGACAAACUGACGAUCCGGACUUAACUCGAAACUAAACUUGAAGCUUAAUUUCCAUAUACAGCCACUUUCACUUCAAUAGAUAUAGCCAUCUGUGGAUUGUGAAGUAUUUGGAUACACUGAGAAGAUUCCACAACAUCGUCAUGAGGAUCUCGAGGGGACAGCAUACCCCAUUGGCGGUGGGCUUUUGCCUUAUACUGUUGUCAUUGUUCGGUCGUCAGCGGUGUACGGCUUUCCCAGUGGUAGAGGAACUCCCUGCCGACCCAUGGGGGAAUGGUGCCGAUCUGACGGUACCAAAGACUAAGGAGGAGUACGGUAAUGAGGAGGGGUUUCUCGGUGGUGGAGACAUUUUCACGGGGGACAAAAACGCAGAGGACCAAGCCUGGGGGUCUUACGUGGACCUUCCUGGGGACGGUGAUGGUUCGUUGGGGCACUACGACGCCAAUGACUGGGGCAGUUUUUUUACACCCUCCUCUGAUAACAAGGCCGAGUAUGAUUAUAAUAGCGACUAUGAUCCUCUAGGGGGCGGUAUGUUCACCAGUGAUAUCAUUGAUCCUUCAAUAAGCCAUAGUCUGUACGGUGGCUCAACAUCGAAUCAAGACGAUAUACCACAGACUGGGGAUGGACACAAUUCAAACAUGGAUGUUAAACUUUUACCGGUAACUGGGUUAGGUUUUGAUGCGGGUCAGGACUUGUUCGAUACGAACGGUAUGAUGGAGCAAGGCGGGGUGGGUCUCCAGGAGGGGAAACCGGGUACCCCUGCUGGGGCAGGAGGUGAGAGCAACCAUGAAACGAACGCCGUUGAUGGGAGCGUUCUUCCCGGGGCCCGUCCCAUCCAAGACGUUCCUAACGUCUUAUCGUCAGUCCUUGCCAAAGAUGACGAUAUACCAGCAGUUCCUCAGGAGGCGGAUAUGUCUGUUGGUUUCAAUGGGAUCGGCCUCCAUGCACGACACGGAGCGACAGACCAGUUUACGGACGAGAAAGAUGACAAGCCAGCAGGAAGACCGUUAGAUGAAUCACUGGGUGCCAUACAGCACACAUCACGGACUGAAGGAGACAGUGUCCACUCCCUACUGCGCCAGAUCGUACUCCUUGUCAACAGACUGAUCGAAGCACAGGGAAAACAAACAGCCAGUUAGGAGUUGGCCUCUUUGUAUAUAUUAAUCGCCUAUAAAUUUAUUGAUAACUAUAGAUGGCCAUUUUAUUUAAUUUAAUUUAAUUUUUUUUUU